AUGUCGGCGGCCCCGAGCUCAGCGUCCGCGCUGCCCGGGCAAGCCACCUUCUCCAUCGCCUCUUCGUCCGACCACGCCGCCGGCCACACGAGCGGCGAAAAAAAGGACGACGAAGACAGCCGCAAGCGCAAGCGCAUCCAGCAGGCAUGUCGCUCCUGUGGUGUCAAGCGUGUCAAGUGCGACGGUCUGAAGCCGUGCACGACCUGCAUCAAGAGCGGCGAGACAUGCGAAUACGGUCAGCCAAAGAAGAGGGGCCCGCCGAAAGGCUCGACUCGCGGCGGCACCAAGGCUGCGGCAAGGCGUGCAGCCCAGCUCGAGGCGCAGACCUCGGCCAGGAAUCAAGCCAGACAGAACGCAGAGGCGCUCGAAGCCCACGGCACCACGCCUUGGCAGUUCUCGCAGCUACCUGCAUCGGCGCCAGUCGACCCCCGCUACGCCCCGACGGGCCCGUAUCGCGAUGGCGCCGGGACGGCCUAUCAGCCCUAUGCCACGAUCCCAUCUGGACGAGAAGUCCGGCCGCCGUUGUCGACAGGCUCGCAAUCCAGCCAACGGUUCGGCAUGGACUCGGAUCGCGGGCGGUAUGAGGGCUCGAUCGACGGCUUUGCGGCCGCCAGCAGGGGCAGCUUCAGCACCUCGAGCAUCGGAGGCGACUCUGCCUCAAGCCCUCAGAGUACCUCGACGGCAGAGGCCAGAAGACCACCAGAGACCAUCUUCCAUGGCACAACCAGCGGGCUGGGCAUCUUGCGAGCGCAGAGUGGCGACCGGAGGCUCCCUCCCCUCUUCUUCACGCCGCCGAGCCACGACGGCAGCGUAUCCGGGCAGCCCUCGCUGGAUCGCGAGAGCCGAGCCGACUACGCUCGCGAGAUGACGCGCUCGUUCCGCUCGCCGCACUGGGGCGCCUCAUCUGAGCGCAUGUAUCAGGAUCGUCGACUCUCCGACACCACGUCCCCACCGACCGCGCAGAGGGAAGUGCCUCGCUCGCAGGGAGCAGGGCCGAGCGAGCCGGAACGCCAUCUCGGCUCGGCUCCGGCGAUGAGCCAAACCAUGAGUGGUCCAGAGAGGAUGUCGAACACUCGGCUGAGGCUUCACCUCGAUCGAGGCCUGGCCAGCAUGGCGGAAGCCUCUGGAGCAGCACCUGAAGCGCCAUCCGAGAUUGAUCUCGAGCCGUUGCUGUGGGACUCGCCCGACGACGCACAGCGCCUGCCAUGCCGGGGUGGCAUCAGCCUGACCAAGCCCGUCGUACCGCGGCCCGUCGUCGAGAGGGUUUUCACCAUCGUCUGGGGCAUCCUCCAGACGUCGUGGCCCCUGCUGUACAAGCCCGCGCUGCCCCUCAUCGGCCAGUACGACGUCAUCGACGAGGAGAAGCGACCUUUGCUGUACAACACGGUCGCCGCGCUCGCCUCGCGCGGCUGGUUCGACGGCAACGUCUCGGACUCGGACGACAGCGCACCCGUCGACACGGCCAAGACGCAAUCCGACCUGGACGAGGUCAAGCUGGCCGGCGUCCCGGGCCACACGCUGACCUACCUCGACGGAACCACGCGGCCCGUCACGACCGUCGAGCUGAGCUCCAUCUUUCUCGUGCGGGCCAAGUACUACCUGCUCAAGUCGUGCAACGAGCCCAGCCUCGAGGCGGUCCAGUCGCAGCUCAUCAUGUCGCUGCGCGAGCAGGGCAUCGGCCACCCGACACAGGCGGCCAUGUACCAGCACAUGGCGUGCCGCAUGGCCAUCGACCUCGGGCUCCACCGCCACUGCGACUUUUCCACCACGCUCGGCAUCAGCUUCAGCCAUGCCGAGGAGCAGGAACGUCGCCGGGCGUUCUGGAUGAGCUACAUCCUCGACAAGGCGUCUGGGGCCAGCCUGGGCAAGCCGGCCAACCUGCGCGACCACGAGGUCGACUGCCCCUUUCCCAAUCGCGACGAGCCCGACGAGCACGAGAUCUGGGCUGAGGUGGCCGGAGGGGCCUCGCUGGUGCGCGACGAGGCGCGGCCGCUGCUGCUCAAGACGCCUCACCGCGCCAUGAGCCACUUCCUCGCCGUGAUCCGCCUGGCGCAGAUCUCGGAGCGCAUCCUCGGGCUGUACAACUCGGUGCGCGACAAGCUGCCGCCCAAGGAGCGCGAAGAGGGCUGGGAGGCGAAGCUGCUCGGGCUCCAUCUGCAGCUCGAGGAGCUCCAGAACAACCUCGGACCCGACCUGCAGAUCGAGGAGCCGCAAAACUGCCUGCCCAACCGGCUGUGCCUCAACCUGUGGCUCUCGGUCAACAAGCUGAUCCUGCACCGGCCUCACAUCCUCAAGGUGCCCAAGAGCGAAGGUAUGCCGUCGUCGCACCAGGUCUGCUGGCAAGAAGUGGGCCGGAUCUGCCGGAUCAUCGAGACGUACGGCAAGAACUUUGGCCUCCGCAAGCUGUCCCAGACGUUCGUGUACGCCAUCUUCACGUCGUGCACCAUCGAGAUCGCCAACACCACCUCGAUGGACGCUGCCGUCGCCAGCGAGGCCAAGCGCAGGCUCAGGGUGCUGAUGGGCGCCCUGCCGUCGAUCUCGGGUACGUGGCGAUCGGCCUCGCUGCACCUCGACAUCCUCAAGCGGCUUGCGCACGGCAUCGACGCCGAUGUCGACGGCACCGGGAUCGACUCCCGGCCUCAGGGAUUGAUGAUUCAGCCUCCCACGGUAAUCCGCCCGAUUGGCAGUGGCGACUUUGGCGGCGUCGGUGCCGACAGCAGUGGAGGUGUCGUCGGCGGCAGCGACGCAAUGUGGCGGAAGCCACCGAGUAACGGUUUCAACGGGGCGAGCCUGCCGUCCAGCGCUGCAGCCCCACCAUCGCAGCAGCAGCAGCAGCAGCAGCAGCAACCGGUCCAGCAUCAGCAACAGCAGCCUCCAUUGCAGCAGCAACAGAUGUGGCAAGCGUCCGCGCUGCAGCCGCCUCCUCUCGAGCGCCGAGGCAGAUCCUCGCUGAGCGUUGCCAUGAAUCUGUUCGACAGCGUGCCGGGACCGCUCGGCGCUCCGAUGGACUUUUCGCGAUCGCGCAACAGCCUGUUUGGGUCUGGCCCGGCCUCUGGCGAGGAGACGCCGACCUUCCUGGGCGAUGUCGGCAACGCCAACGGCAACGGCAUCGGCUCUGCCCCCGCCGCCACGGGCGGGCAAGGCUCCGUGGGUCUCUUGUCGGCGGGGUCGGCCCAGAACAUGGCGCAGCAGGAUCCCAUGCAGAUCCAGGCGACGAUGGCCUCCUUGUCCAAUCCAUCGUACGUCUGGGCGCCGUCAUUGGACGCCACGCCGUUCGAUGCCUCGCGCGGCUUUGCCGGCGUGGCUGCUGGCAGCGGCAACGGCGGAGCCGGCGGCGGGGGUAGCAACUUGGGCAUGGCGGCCGACCUGUCGGCCAAUCCGGCGAGCGCGCCUGUCCUGCAGGCGCCCGGUCUGUUCAGCGGCGGCCUCUCGCAGACGUCGUCCGGGGUCGACAACGGCUUCCCGACGGCGGGCGGGUUCGCGGGCGGCAACCCGAACCUCGACACGGACGCGAUGCUGCGCUUCCACGACGCCUCGUACUGGGGCUCGAUGCCGCUCAACUCCGAGGACCCGCUGUCGUGGGCCAACUUCACCAACUCGUACGUCGAGGCGCUCGCAUCGGUUCUCGACCCCCACGGGAUAGCUGGCGGCGACCCGAACCAGCAGCCGCAGCAGCAGGGGUCGAUGCAACAGCAACAGCAGCAGCAGCCGCCACCGCAGCAGCAGCAGCAGCCACAGCCACAGCAGCAGCAGAGGCAGCCGCAACAGUAUCCCCACUUGCACCCGCAGCAGCAGCAGCAUCAUCCGGGGCAAGCGCACAGCAACCAGCUCGGACUGGCGCCCCCGCCGUCGCAGCGCACAGGCCUCCACUAUCCGGCCUAG